AACUUAAAGUUAUAAAGAAAAGAAGGAUAAAAUAUUUUUGAAAUACGUAUGAUGCAAAAUAAACUAAAAUAGCCGAAACAAGAAACAGUCCCGUAGUCUUCUCUUCCCUCUUCACGCUGCGUCUCGAAGCGUCUCUCGCCGUCCCUAAGAGGCAAGAGUGCUGACACCUGAUACAAUGGCGACAUUUAAAGUAAGGAAUAUUGCCCACCUUUGCAAGUUCAUCGAAGCCUGCCAGGAUGACCCAAACAUAUUACACGAACCUGUUAUGGACUUCUUCAAACAAUAUUUGUUGAGCCUUGGAGCAACCAUCCCUCCUUGCACCGGACGCUCCCGUGCCUUCUAUGCAUCUUCACCUUCUCCACCCCCCUACGUUUGUUCAGAGGAUGAAUUAGAUUGUGAAGAAGAGGAGAAAGAAGAAAAAAAAGAAGAGAAAAAGGAGCCAGAGAAAGGGGAAAAGGAGGAGGAAUUGGUGGAGAGUGAUGUGGAACUGGACAAUACAGGUGUUAUUGAACCGGAGACAGAGGAUCCGCCAGAAUUUGGAGAGCCAAACAAGUUAGUGAGCGAUGAGGACAUGGAAGCCUCACAGGAUAAGCGCUCUGAGGCAAUGGCAGCAAUGGCUGAUGGCGACCUGCAGAAGGCAGUUGACCUUUUCACAGAAGCCAUUAAGCUGAACCCAGAGUCUGCCCUGCUGUAUGCCAAACGCGCCAACAUCCUCCUGAAACAGAAGAGGGUGAAGGCUGCCAUCCGAGACUGUGAUGAGGCACUCAAACACAACCCAGACUCUGCCUCCGCCUUCAAGUUUAGGGGACGAGCACACAGACUGCUGGGGAAUUGGCUGGAAGCAGCAAAGGAUUUAAGAAUGGCCUGCAAGCUGGACUUUGAUGAGGUUGCUGAUGAAUGGCUGAAGGAAGUGCAGCCUAACGCCACCAAACUGGAGGAACACAACCGCAAGUAUGAGCGUCAGAGGAAGGACAAGGAGGCGAAGGAGAAGAAAGAACGCAUUCGCAAGGCACAGGAGGAGGCUAAGAAGGCCCAGGAGGAACAGAAGUCCAAGGGCCCAUCCUUCAGUUAUGGUGAUGCUGGGAAGCCCCAAGGUGGUGAUGAUGGUGGUAGUAGUGGCUUCCCAGGGAACCUCUUCAAUGAUCCUGAAAUUAUUGCUGCCAUGCAGGAUCCUGAGGUUGCAGCAGCCUUCCAAGAUGUGUCCUCUAAUCCUUCCAACAUCCUCAAGUACCAGUCAAACCCCAAGGUGUCUGCCGUCAUCAACAAACUCAUUUCCAAGCUUGGUGGUGGAGGAAUGCCAGGGAUGGGGAGAAUGGGAGGAAUGCCUGGAAUGGGGGGAAUGGGAGGAAUGCCUGGGAUGGGGGGAAUGGGAGGAAUGCCUGGGAUGGGGGGAAUGGGAGGAAGGCCUGGAGGGAUGCCAGGUGGAAUGCCUCCUGGAGGAAUGGGAAUGCCUGGAGGGAUGGGGAUGCCUGGAAUGGCUGGGUUCCCUGGCAUGGGUGGCUUCUCUGGCUCUGAUGAUGCGGCAGGGUCAGGCAGCACCCCUAAACCUGGCGGCUCUUCAAAGGGCAGUAAACCCUCAAACAUUGGCGAUGACUUGGAUUAAGAGAGCAGGGGCUGGGGUGGGUGAAGGAGUGAAGUCAGUGGUGGGUUCAGCUGGAGAAGUUUCCUAGAUUCCUAUUGAUUCUUUCCAUAAACCUGGGAUAUGCUGUCAUGUAUAACUGUUUGUUCUUGUUUCCAGUUACCCUAAACCUUCCCUCAUAUCAGAUGUCCUUGUUUGGAGGAGUGAUUCAUUAGUACAUGAUUUUACUAUGAUAUAGGAACUUUCCAUUAUACUUGAACUCACACGUGUUCAAUGCACUGUUUCUUUUCAUGGGAGGAUAUGUGACUUUCUCAUACUUUUUUCUUCAGAUUAUAAUAAAUGAUUUUCUCAUA